GUGUGUGUGUGUGUGUGCCCAUACAAGCUGGAUUACACCUGGAUGGCAAGAUGAAGUGGAUUUUGUAAAUAAAUCUUCAACAGACCAGCGUAAAGAUCCUGAGUUUGCAAGAAUGAGUUUUUUAAAUCAUUCGAAGGACUGAAGAACAUCACUGGACCCUUGCCAGACCUUUGCUUUUCAAGGGAACAGCCAGACUCAACUUCUCAUCAAAGGAGCAACGAGAUCAUCUGUCAACAUGCAAAUUGGCACAUGGACUCCACCUGUCAGGCAGAAAAGUCUGCCCAGUUACCAACACACUCUCUCUGGCAUGGGGUUUCACCCGGCACAGCAGAUGGAAUUUUUCAAUCUACAGCAGACAAGCUUUGAUCAGCAGUCUGCCAGAUUAAGUAAUCCCCACACUUUCCAGCCUGUGUCAAAUCCAGCAAAUAUUCCAUCAAACCAGACUCGACAAACAUGGGUCAGAGGAUGCCAGAGUCAGUCAUCUUUUGACGGACAUUCUCCAAAUGUUGUUCUACACUAUAAAUCUUUGCGAAAUGGACAAGCAACCCACUCCUCUGAGCAAGAAGUCUUAAAUACCACUCUUCAGAGAAAUUACAAUGACCUGCACUGCAUGCAAAACUUCAGUUAUACUCCUCGCGUCGCAGCCCCGCCUGUCCAAAAUUGUGUAAAUAGUUAUGUUAUGUACUAUUCAAAUCCUCUUUGGCAACUCCCACUUAAUGGACAACAUCAUAGAGUACAGACUACAUACCAAGCUUCAGAUCAGUUACUACAGGCAGGUUUAACUGCUCAGAUUAAUCAUUCAGAACUGACAAUGAACACGAAUCAAGGACAAACGAGUGAAAUAGAACAUCACAAUGCGACACAAGGGUCUGCUGCCUUUUUUCCUGCUGCAUCUCGUAUACCAGUGGAUUCAUUUCCGCAUUCAUGGGAAAAAACAACCAGCAGUCAUUCGAGUCAAAUGCCAAGCAACAGUUCAAGCCAAAUUCCACCUGAGACGUACAGCGCCAGGUCAAAACCUGCCACUCGAAAACCGAAAAAGCUAAAACAAAUUACACUUAGCCAGACUCGAGACGCAAUCCAGUCCCAAAACACACCUAUAUCUGAUGUUCACAUCAAGACAGAUGUUUCUGCUAUUCAAAGCAGUACACAACCCCAAAUCCUACAAUCAAACAACACGAUGGGUUUGCCAUCUACAAGCUCCAGGAAUUUAAGUACUUGUAGGAUUUCAACAAGUCAAAAAUCAACUUUCACUCCAGGUUAUCCUAAAUAUUUUGGGAGUAUUGUAUUAAGAAUGUUAUUACAAACAGACAUGAGCCAGGUACCUGCGCUGAUUUCCUCUGGUGCCAAAAAUGGAUCCCAACAACCUGCACAGGAUUGUACAACCAGUUGCAAUGCAAAUGGUGUAAACAACACCCAGUUCAAAUCAUGGCAAGAUAAGGAGUCUCAGAAACCUGUUAGAGACACAAAUAUUUCAGUGGGGAGUGAAACUAGAACUGAUAGUUCUCUUGCAGAACCACAACGGACAAAUGAAAAUGAGAGCACUAUUUGUGAAAAGAGAAACAAAGAGGUGCAAGACAGCAUAAACCUAGAUCAGAGAUCACAGCUUAUAAUGGUUCAACAAGCCAACAAAGCAGCAGUUGUGGUUCCACCUAUUUCACAGCAGUGGCUAAACCACAGACAACAGAAUGAUGCAGCCACAAGCCCUCAGGACAGUGUCCCAUUGAAACUCGAUACUGCCAAGAAUAUCCUUGAGGAGUGCACGAAGAUGGUGAAGGAGACAAAUGUACCAAAUGUUACCAUUAAGCUGAUUGAGGAUCUGCCUCAAGUAAUUUUAUCCCCCAGUUCUUUAUCAAGACUAGGAUCAGAAUCUGCCACCUCAGUUGGCAUCUCUGAAAAGCCAAGGUCUGAAAACGCUGGCUCUCAACACUGUGAUAGUUCUCAAUGUCAAAAUGGCUCUACUACCCAAACCUCAUCUAUUUCUAAAGAUGCAAUAUGUGUUGACUCGACAUCAAAACGUUCAGUAGAACAAAAUGAUGACCAGAGACUUGAAUUUUCUUCAGACGAUACUCCAUUGGAUUUGCCCCCAUUUCCUGCAGUUGAUUAUACUCUGAAGGACCUGAGGUAUUUGGUGAACUCUUUAGAAGUCAGUCCAUCAGAGAAAGACAAAUCAACAGUAACAGAUGUCAUGAAAUGUAUUCUAGAUCUGUAUUAUAGUGAUGACCAACAAAAGAUGUUCAAAUUAGAAGCGUUUCAAGAGCUUUUAAAAACCGCCUCUGAAGUGGGUAUAAAGAAAACGCAUGCUGUGGUUCUUCAGCACCUGCAAACUAAGCACUUCAAGGUGCUGGAAAGUAAUUCCCGAACACUGAACAAUGAACCAAACUUACAAUUGAAGAAUUUUGGAUCGUCCUGGUUGAAUGUGGAUGGACCAGCUGAUGUGGAACAUGUUCUUGCAGAACCCAUUUCAGACUAUAACAUCACAUGGUGCAAGAAGGUUUCACAGACAGUAGAAAAUUUUCAGAACAUUGUAGAUUGUCCAGCCCAAAUUGAUGCCGAUAAUGCUGAAGAUCUGACUUUGCAUGCUAAUAAAGAUGUACUGAACACCACAACAGAUAACAUUUAUCACGUAGAGCCUGAACUUUCUGGGGUGACAUAUGCAACAUGUAAUACCAAGAUGGAUGCCAGGAUCCUUGAAGAAGGCUGUUUAGGUAGAACAUCUGAUCAAUUCUCUACGAUGCAAAGUCAUUCAAGGAGGGCAUUCAGUGAAUCAUCAGACGCAGGUGUAACAAGUAAUAGAGAUGAGUUUGAAGAGACAAAUAGUUCUGAGUGUUCAGAGUCUACUAGUGACUUGUUUGAAAUAAUAAUUCUCUCAUCUGAGGAUGCAAGAAAAAUCUUCAAUGAGUGUUUUGAAUGUGACCAGAAGAUCGAGCCUCAUCGGAUACCUCAGGAGGAAAGAAAAGACCCGGUCACAGUUUAUGUCAAAAACCACUCGGAUGACAGUAAAGUAAAGCCACUUGAUGACUUGAAAUUCACUUGCCCUCACGUGAGUAGCUUAGCAUAUGGCAACGACUUCUUCUGCCCCACUUGCUGGCAAGAGACACCGGUAUUUGAUAUUGACCAAGAUGAGAUUCUGCUCAGCCCAAAGGAUGUGGAACCUAAUAUGGACUCCCAGAAACCGAAUCACAGUCAAGCCAAUCUUAGAAUGAGUGUGUCUAGGAAACAACUUGAUUACCCAAGUGCAACUGUAUGCCAAGAGAGUAACAGCAUAAUCAAUUACAUCACAUCCACCCCAAAACCUGGUGGACCUGAAGUGAUGAGGGAUCCUAAUCCAGGUGAUCAGAUACAAAGCUCAAGUCCAACACCUGCUCAAGAGCAUAGUAGCAAGAACAGGAGUGUUGUCAAGUCUGGUGCAGAGGAUCUCCAGGAAACAACAUCUCCAGUUGGUACACAGACAGAACACUUGAAGAUGGGAGAAUCAUGCACAGGAACAGAAAUACGAACUGAAACAGUUUCACCAUCAAGUUGUAAAAAUGUACAAUCCCCCCAAACUGAUGCAGUUCCCGAUGAUGCAGGACUCAAUUUCAGCACAGCUAUUGUUCUUGAACAAAAAUGCAUUUAUAAACAUCAUCCAAAGGACCAUUGGUCUUUGUCUAGUGAUGAUCAGGUCAGAGAUGCAAACACAAGCCUCGGUCAGGUUUCACCCAAAACAAAAGCUCUUUCUCAAACACCAAACAUCACUAGGGUUCCUGAAGAUAAGAAUGCGGUACACCUUAAACAAAAGAGGCCAAUAGGCAAGGGAAAAGGGCAUGAUGGGCAAAGUAAAGAAACAAAGAAACUGAGACUACAAUUGUACGGGUCCAACAGAAGAACCUCGAGCUGCCAGGAUAACGUUAAGUCGCCUGAAACCCCCGUAUGCCUCAACAUUUCUUCCAGUUCACAUAACGGGAAGAAUUACACAGACAAGCCUUCUUCCGCCAAGCAAAAGGUCUACAGCCAGUGGAGUUCCACUUUUUUCCAUCUACAGAAGAAUUCUUCCAAGUCUUCGAAUAAGAAAAGCGGCCAGCAUGUCGAGGAUUGUCUGAAGUUAAAAAUAAAAGCGUUGAAGAUAGCUCAGGGAGAAAGACAAAGAGCUGAAGCACAUCACUGCUGACUGUAAGGGAACAAACUGAAUGUUACGAGGAAUCACUGGACCUCAUUUAUCAAGCUUUCAAUAUAAAGACCAGUCUUUUAGAGGCAGUGUGUAUUUAAAGGACAUUGUUCUUUUUAUUUGUUUCAAUGUAUGUGUUUGUAUCUUUAUUUUUAUAUAUAAAUAUAUACACUUUAAAUAAAGUCUUAUAUGCACAACAGCUGUUUUUCACUACAUUUACAGCACUUCUCCAGAAUGUCUUACAUGAUAUCUCAUUCAUACAACUCAGCAUCUACAGAGUUAAGGGCCUUGCUCAGGGACCCAUGAGUGGUGGCUUGGUGUUGCUGGGAUUUGAACUCAUGACCUUCCAAUUCACAGUUCAACGUCUUAAGCACUAAGCUAACCAUCAGGAUACCAAAAUUCACUCAUCCUGACAUUUGGAGAGUGGAAAUAUGGGAUCGUAUCCUUGAUCAAAAUUACUGACAUUCUCAGGAUUUCAUUUUGAUUGCAUGAAUGCUGCCUUAGUAGGCUGCCUACUUAGAAAGUCACCAGGUACAGUGUUGUGUCUGAUUAUCAGAGGCCCAAUUACAUCCGGAUAAAUAAAAUAAUGUAAUGAUUCAACUCCAAUUCCUAUACUGUCUUAAAUCUAUUCAAAGGAUGUGUUCAUAAUAUACUAUAGAGAAAAGUAUUGGGACACCUCAAUCUUUCAGCUCUAUACGGUUCUUCAACAAAGAUUAAGGUACACAAUUUUAUAGGACAUCUCUGGAGGGGGGGGGGCAUGAAAGUUUCCCUUCACUUGAACUAGGAGACCCAAACCUGUUCCAGGAUGACAAUGCCCCUUUGCACAAAGUCAGCUCCAUGAAGAUAUAUGGUUUGGAGUUGAAGAUCUCCUCCUAUAGACUCUUCUUCAAAAAUAUCGGAAUGAAUGUGAAUGCUGACUGCACCCCAGGCCUCCUCACCUCACCUUCAUCAGUACCUCAGUUUAGUAACACCCUUGUUGGGGUGGAAUGAAUCUCACACAAAAUCUCCAAGAAUCUAGUAGAAGAUCUUCCCAAAGAGUGGUGCUUAUUAUACCGGGAAAUGUAGACUAAAUCUGGACUGGGAUGUUAAAAAAGAGGCACCUACCAACCUUAUGGUCAGGUGUUCAUGCCUGCAGAGAAAACAUCUCUGUCCAGCUUGUGGUUGUUUGAAAACUGCACACAUGCAUAAACCAUGAAAUGGAAACAUCACACCACAGCAGGUAAACAGCAACAGCAAAGUGAUUGGUGCAAAUAAUUAUGCACCAGGCAAUGAAGAAGUAAUCAUCCACCACGCACAUGCUGCCUGUCAUCAAAUGAAGUGUAUAAGAAACCUCAGGAGAACAAGCGCUCACGUUGUAUGAUUGUGGUUGCUCUUGGUGUGUGUUUAUUAAUUGUCCACCACAAGCCCUAGAAGGAAUCUCCACAAACACAGUUUAAAGUCUAGUGGAACAUCUUGCCAGAAGAGUGGAGACAAAUGGGCACUUGGGAUGUUACAAAAAAAUAAUAAAGCACCAAUCUUAUGCUCCACAAAGCUUUGUCCAUAGAGCGUAUCUUCUGGAUCUGUUGGGUACAGUUGCUACAUUUCAUCCUGGUCCAAUGAAUUACCUUAGAUACAAGAGGUUUGUAUUUUUUCAACCCAAUAUUGAGGUUAGGACGUGUGAAGUCUCUGGGCUGCUUCUGGUGAUUUUUUAGGGGGUAAUACACCAAAAUAUUUAGAGGUAGUAGCUUAGUGGUUAAGGCUCUGGGUUACUGAUCAGAAGGUUUGGGUUUCAAGCCCUGUUCUUGCCAAUCUGACACAAUUGGCGCUCUUAAGCAAGGCCCAUAACCCUUUGUGUGCCAGAAGUGCUGUAUCAUGGCUGACCCAUUUACAUUUACUGCAUUUGGCAGACGCCCUUAUCCAGAGUGUCUUACUACUGAUCAGGGGAGGGUUAAGGGCCUUGCUCAAGGGGCCAGCAGUGGCAGGUUGGUGAUGGUGGCAUUUGAACUUGUGACCUUCCGAUCCAGUCUAAUGCUUUGAGCUACCACGUCCCCAUUCAUAACUUCGCUGGGAUAUGCGAAGAAAGAUUUGAACUUUCUCAUGUACACUAUACGUGACAGUUAAAAAAACACUUUCCUUUUCUUCUUUUUUUAAAAAACCAUCUGUAAUAUUCCCCAGAUAUUAUUUUAUUAGAAUUGUGACACUGUACCGGUCCUGAGCUGUAAUAAAUAUUCAAUCAGGUCAGUUGAACACUUUUGUAGCAGGUUAGAUAUUAGAUCAUCAGCGUACACUUUUCCUACCUUUCCACCUAUCAAGCCUUUCACCGUAUAUCAGAUAUCAGGAUUAUAAACAAAAAGUGCAUUACCCAUAAGCCCCAGCUCAACAUCUGUUUCCUGUAUUCAGAGGUCACAUUACUGUGAACCUGAUUUAGACUCAUUGUCACCUUGCACUUCAAGCAGGGGUGUCUCCUCCAGAUGUUUGUCCUCACAAGGCUUCUGUGAUACGCUGUGUUUUGUUUUCUUGACGUUUUUUGUAAUUUUAUACUCAAUAAAAUAAAUAAUAUCCACA